AUGUCUCUUUGCAAGGAUCCUACUACUACUUCUCAUCUUGAGCAUUAUAAAAGCAAGCUCACCAAGGAUAAGAAUCUCAAGGAAUUAGUUUUUCAUGCUUGCACUGCUAUUGAAAAGGAAUUCCAUACUAAUGCCUCCAAGCAGCCUAUCCACAAGGCUAGAGUCAUUAUGCACAAUAAGGAUAAAGGCUGUGCUAUUCAUUGCUCUUAUGCCACCAUUGAUACCAAGUCUGAUGAUGAUGAGAAUGACCCAGACAAGAUAAUGGUCUAUUCUGAUUUCAAUACUGAGUCUAUUAAAAUGGUCAUUGAUGAGGAGACUUUCAGGGCUGAGAAGUCUCUGAAGUUUUUCAAGACUAGGUCUAGCAAUGUGAUUACUAGAGACAAGCAUAAAGAACUGUACAAGAUCAGAGUCUUUCCACAUUAUCCAUGUCUCUCUCACUAA